AUGGGUUCCUCCCUCAGUACCGAAGCCAAAUUUAUUCAUGAUAUCCAGGCGGAACUCUCUUCUCGCAAGAUCCACGUCCAUAAGGCUGAUCUUUGUAAAUUUUUCACUAUCCUCCACCUUGCCUCUCCAUGGUUCGUUCUUACUGCCCCUCGCAUAGCCCCCUCUACCUGGGCUACCUUGGGAACUGAGCUCUCUGCCUACUGCUCCGACCACCUGGACUCCUCUUAUAAAAACUGUAUUCUUAAGUACUGGCAGCUUCUUGAUGGCCUUAUCACCAACGCCUCCUCCUCGCCUUCCUGCUCCUCCGCCCUCCGAGAAGCCCAGACUGCCCUUGACUCUGCGUCUCGCUCCAGCACUCCCCUUUCUCCCGCUUCUCAGCUCUCUCCUCUUCCACCCCCACCUUACCCAACCCCUCCACCGGCUCCCUCCGCCCUCUCUCCACCGGCUCCCUCCGCCCCCUCUCUCAUGGCCCUCGCCACCCCCUCUGACACGCUACCCCCCGCAGAUCAGGCUGCCCUUAACGCAGCCGCCGCCUCCUACCAACCCCAACCCCCUCCGCCUCUUCCAAACGCUUCCUCCUCCGAGGGCCCUUCUCUUGAUCCCGCCUCCUUCCACUCCACUCUUCGAGACAUUUCCUCCACCCUUGACCGCCUCCUCACUUUGUCUUUCCCCCGUUCCUCCCCGUCUCCCUUACAUGCAUUCCCUGCCAUUUUAGAACAAGCUCCCUUGGAUCCCCCGCAGCCUCCCCUGGCUCCCUCCCUUCCCGCACCCCCCGCCUCCACUCGUCCCCCGCCCUUACCCUCUCCUGCCAGUGCUGGCGCUGUUCCCCGCCGUGCCCCUCCCCACCCUUAUAACACCCGCGCACAAACCGCUGAUGCCCAUUCUGCUGAUCAAGGACGCAUCUAUCAGCAACACAUUAAAUACAAGGCCCUUGAAAAGAAGGACCUGCAAGAUGUCCUUAAGGCCGUUAAGGAUUAUGGUGUUCAAGCCCCUUACACGCUUGCCUGCCUGGACGCCAUGUCCUAUGGUGGAAAGCUAUACCCCAUAGAGUGGCGCAUCACCGCUCGCACGGCCCUUAAGCCUGAGCAGUUCGUUCUUUGGGAAGCUGAGUUCCUGAACAAUUGCAAGGAGCUCGCCCAUAGUGAUGAACGCUACUUUCAGCAGCUCUCUGGCUCUAAGCCCUUUGACACCAUUGAUACUCAACGCGGUAUUCCUUUUCCCAUCCUCACCAUCACCUCCCAGGCUGCCUUGAAGGCCUGGAAAACCAUCCCCUCUUCCUCUGCUCCCUUGCUCCCCUUAUCUCGCAUACAGCAGCAGUCGGAUGAACCUUAUCAUUCCUUCAUCUCCCGCCUUCUCGAGGCUAUUGAACGCACCUCUGGUAUUUCAGACACUGCCAAUCCUCUCAUUAAGCAACUUGCUUAUGAGAAUGCUAACCCUGCCUGCCGUGCUCUCCUUAAGGGCCGUAUGCACAACAAGUCCCUUGAGGACAUGAUCUCCCUUUGCAAAGAUGCCCACUCCUUUGCCACACAAGUGGCCGGUGCCCUUGUUGCUUUUCAAGGUCAAUCUAAAGGCAGAACCUGUUACGCCUGCGGCCAGGCCGGCCAUUUUGCCGGCCAAUGCCCUGAGCGUCGUGCCCCGCCCAUUCAGACCAGCUCCUUCUCCGACCGCCCCUCCCUUUGUCCCCGCUGCCGUCGCGGCCGCCAUUGGCGUAGUUCUUGCCGCGCUACCACUGACGUGGAAGGCAACUUCCUUGGUCCCAACCUUCGUCUUUCGCGCCAGGAGGACUCCCACCAGGGAAACUCCUCCAGGGGUCGCCCCCAGACCCCGCACUCCAAGCCUCGCCACAUCAAUUUUGUUCCAGCCUCGGGGGUUCAAGCUACAAACACCUCCACCCCACACCACGUUCUUUAUCAGCACCACCACUCCCAGUCCCAGGCUCCGGCCGCACCCCAACCUCCACCCUGCUACGGGCCACCCCAGGUUCAGCAGGACUUGACCUCAGUGCCUCCUCCCCCCACAUAUUAA